GAAUUUCAUCUAGUUUUCAGCUGAAUGAAAGUGACUAUCUGCCUACUAGUAUUUAGGGAGUCCAUAGCUUGCUGAGUAGCACUAUUUAUUCCCGGUUUUCUCUAAAGCUGUGAUGGCAGCCAUGCGACCUGUCUCUGAAGAGUGUAGGAUUGCUAUUAAUUAUGUGGCUUCUUUUGAGCUGCACAUCAGUGAUGCUUAUUUAUCUAUGGCCUAUUGUUAUCCUCCUGACACAGAAGAACCUAUUUUUUCUGGAUUCUUUGAAGACCAAGCUGAGUUGAAAAGGGAUCAUGGAAAGCAAUUCCUAAAAUAUCUAAUAGAACGUGAGAAUAAUAUCUGUCUUCCUGUGAUUAAGAGGCCUGAUGUAGAUAACUGGUACACCGGUGUAAAAGCUGUGGAAUAUGCUCUGGAGUUGGAGAACCAGUUAAGCCAGCUCCUGAUAGACCUGAAGACAACGGCUUCUGCCGACAAUGACAAUCAUUUUUUAAACUUCAUGGGAAAGUACCUGGAAAAACAGAAGAAGAAUUCAACCUACCUGCAACGCCAGCUUGCAUAUUAUAGAAAAGAAGAACAGCAGGCUCAGGAGGGAGGGACACCGAAAAAGAAAAAGGCCUGCUGAGAAAAAGCCCUUCAGUAAAUAGACCCAAUAUCUGAGGGCAACAAAGCAAGUCUUUUUAUUGUAUUUGUUCCCCAAAUCAGCUAUUUAAAGAUCUUAAUCUUCUCCACUGCUUUCCUUC